GUUAAUUAAUAAGUAACUAAAAUUUAGUUGGCCAUUCUGAUUAUAAUAUAAAUAUAUAUUUCGAUCUGUUUGUUUUGAUGUCAAUAAUAUUUGAAUACAUGUUAAAGUGGUGAAAAAUGUUACCUUUAUCAUUAUUAAGAACAGCUCAAAACCAUCCUAUGCUAGUUGAACUUAAGAAUGGUGAAACAUAUAAUGGACAUUUAGUUAGUUGUGAUAGUUGGAUGAAUAUAAAUCUCAGAGAGGUUAUAUGUACAUCUAGGGAUGGUGAUAAAUUUUGGAGAAUGCCUGAAUGUUAUAUUCGAGGUAGUACAAUUAAAUAUUUACGAAUUCCUGAUGAAGUUAUAGAUAUGGUAAAAGAAGAUGUACAAAUGAAAUCAAGAGGACGUGGAGAAAUGAAAGGAAGAGGACAAAGUCAACGAGGCCGUGGUAGUGGCAGAGGUAUAAUAAUAUAUAAUAACAUUUCAUUCUAUUUUUAUUAUAAAAAAUAUUUUUUUAUAGGUACUUUUGGUCGUGGUGGAAGAGGUCCUGCAGCUCUUGGUCGUGGCGGAGGUAAUCAAGGAAAUAAAUCUCAAAAUAAAGCAAGAACAAAAUAAAGUUAUAUUAUUUUA